CAGGAUUCGUAUUCUUUUUCACGAAGGAAGAAGUAUUGUCUUUCCCCUGAGCAAGUUUGCAGAUGGAGGCCUCCUUACAGGAUACAACCAGCGGGGGAUUGUGGAAUAAUCCCAGAUCCAUUCAGUGUAGCAAGGAGAGACAGGACUUGCUGAGAUUAAUGAAAGAAGAAUCACAGCUCACAAACCUCCACAAAAAUCAGAUCAACAGAGGCCAAAAGAGUAAGUCAGACAGAAAUUGGAAACAACAGGGUGAUUUGAAUGUGAUUUUUCAUGAUAAUAUAUUAUAUACCCCCUCAGGUUUGCCUCAGAUGUCUAAUCCUGUAAAGUCCUCUCAAUUGAGUCAGUCUGUCCAGAAACAUAAACUCUUCAAGUCUCAGAAACGUAGUGCUGAAUCUUGUCGGUCCGGGAACAGCUAUGAGAGGGAAAAGUUCUGCCCCGGUCCUACACGAGACUUAGAGAAGGAGAAGAAGAGGUUACAGGACAUCAUGGCAACAGGAAAAGAGGAGUCCACCACUGUAUCGUCUCAAAAAACUCGAUCACAUCCAUAUUCAGAAGUGUCAAAGGAGAUAGACCGCUAUCAGGAAGUUUUAAAUGAAAUAGAGGAAAGGAGACAAUUUCUGGCAGAUAUGGUGGCACUGGGUCAGGAGAAGAAAUACAUCAACAUCAUCAACACUGAGAUAGCGCAGAAACUUCAAGAACUGGAGAUACUGGAUCGAGCUAGCAGCGAUAAGCUGGAUGCAAAACGGGAAUGCAGAACAGACAGUUUCUCCUGAGCGGAUACGUUAUCAUCUAUGAACGCCUUAUUUUAAGAUUCAGCAAAGAAGUGUGUAACCCAUGGGUUGCUUUGUGCUCCAGUGUUGUAAGCAGAUGUGGUGAGACACUGGAUAUCAAUUAAAACAGUAAACAUGA